AGGACGGGUUUCUCCAAAUACGCCCUCUGUCGCCCAAUAAACAGAUUGCAACAUAUUAUAAUGUCGCAAGAAGCAUCCGAAACUCCAAACCAACUCCGUGUAGCCAUCAUUGGAGGAGGACUUGGUGGGCUCCUUCUCUACCAGGGGCUCUCCAAAAAUUCCAGAUUUUCCGUAACAAUCUACGAAAGGGACGCAUCGCUCUCGGCACGAAACCAAGGAUAUGUUCUGGGUAUCAAUCCAGAUGGCUAUCAGGCUCUCGCAUCGGCUAUUUCCCAGUCGGACCUUGACACCUUGUUUAAAGGUUCUGACACUAUGACGUUCCUAAUGGUUGACCACCAGCUCAACGUUUUGAUGAAAAUUGUUGGGUCACCCGGGUAUGGAAGAAGCGUCUCGGUUGAGCGGUGGGCACUUCGUCAAAUGCUGGCAAAGGGUGCUCCGAUCGAGUGGGGAAAAAAGUAUGACCAUUACGAGGAGUUGCCUGACGGCGGUAUCCGUGCCUACUUUGAGGAUGGGACAUCCAUCACGGCUGACAUUCUUGUGGGAGCCGAUGGUUCAAGGUCAAAAGUCAGAGCUCAGCGGUGUCCGAAUCUCGUGGUUGAAGAUGUGCAUAUCACGUCGAUUGCGGCUACCGUUGGCACGGACGUCCUUGACAAGGCACCCACUAUAAGAACACUUCUUGACCAAGGCUGUAUAAGAGUUCUCGGCAAAGAGGGCAAAACACUUUUAAUUCUUCCGUACGUGGCCGAACCCCGUCCUGACGCUCCAUCCGACGUGGUGACCGGCAAGCGUGUCGUAUGGGCUCUCUCCUUUCCAACGCCCACGUCAGAGCUUUCAGAAACACUCUCCGAUCCCGCAAAAACAAUUGAAUAUGCAGUACAAUGUUGUCAAUCUGGUUUUCCAUCCAACCCCGAUAUUGCUCAAUUGAUCUCCUUGACUGCCCCUUCGGACGUGAUUUUCACACCUCGAGGCCUUUUUUCCACAGUUCCGCCAAAGGGUAACCCCCUCGAAACUGGCCCCCUGAGUGUAAUUCUCCUCGGCGAUGCUGCUCAUGCUAUGACCACUCACCGUGGUAUGGGCGCCAACACUGCAUUUCAAGACGCCUCUGAUCUCGCUGCGGCGUUGCAAGCGGACGGUGACAUCAAAGAAGCGAUAAAACAGUAUAAUGAGAAGAUGAUGCAGCGGGGCAUCAAGGCUGUGAAGGCCAGCAAACAGAGUACGGAUAUGAUACAUGCUCAGGGAACUUUUUCGGGAGUGCGGAAUUGGAUGUUGUGGGGGAUUGGCGGGAUUAUGAAAGUUUCACAAAAGUUGACUGGAAAAUGAGAUUGUUCAAUUGGAACUUUGUUGCGCUAGAUAGCUGAAAGUAACCACCCAGAUUUAUGCAUUGUCAAUUAAUAUGAAUAUCAGUUCAAUCACACCUUUAUUCAUAGAAAAUCAUUACAUGUAAAAAGUAAUUCUAC